AUGGCUAGUGACAGUAUUGUGACAACAGGGAUAGACCCAAAAAGACAAUGGACAUGGAAACAAAUACAGACAGAUUUUGCAGAUGUGUUCACAGGAGACGGCUGUCUGGAAGGAGAAUACAAAAUGGAAGUAGAUGAGAGUGUGAAACCUGUGCAACUCCCAAAGCGACGUGUUCCGGUCGCCAUGAUGAAACCGCUGAAAGAGGAGCUUCAGGAUCUUGAGCACAGAGGUAUUAUCACACCAGUAGACUGUAGCACGGACUGGAUCAGUAGCAUGGUGGUGGUACAAAAGCAAAACGGUAAACCUAGAGUAUGCAUUGAUCCAAAGCCCCUCAACAAGGCACUCAAGCGCAGCCACUUCCCACUACAAAACAUUGAGGAUGUACUUCCAGAUAUGUCUAAAGCUAAAGUGUUCACGGUAUGUGACGUCAAAAGCGGGUUUUGGCAUGUCAAGCUUAAAGAGAAAUCCAGUUAUCUGACUAUGUUUUCCACCCCAUUUGGCCGUUUCAGAUGGCUAAGGAUGCCCAUGGGAAUAAGUCCGGCACCGGAAGUUUUCCAGCGAAAACUGACCCAAGCACUGGACGGGUUACCGGGCCUAUACAUUAUUGCGGAUGAUGUGCUCAUUACAGGUCAGGGAGAGACGCAGGAAGCGGCAGAAGGAGACCAUCAUGUGAAGCUGAAACUGUUCCUGGAGCGGUGCAGGCAAAAGAACAUUAAACUGAACCCAGACAAAUUCAAGCUAAGGAAGAGGGAGUGUACAUACAUUGGGCACCGCUUAACAGCAAACGGACUGAAAGUAGAUCCAGACAAGGUUCGUGCUAUUGAACACAUGCCGAGACCUACAGAUUUGAAAGCAGUACAGAGACUGUUAGGUAUGAUAAACUACUUGGCUAAGUUUUGCCCACACCUUUCAGACCAGUGUGCCGUGUUGCGGCAGUUGACACACAAAGACACAGACUGGGACUGGUCGGAGCAGCAUGAGAAUGCUUUUGUGCAACUAAAAAAGUCUAUUGCCGAUGCUCCUAUACUGAAGUACUACUGCCCAGAGGAGGACCUUGUAGUGCAAUGUGAUGCAUCGGACACAGGUUUGGGAGCAGCACUCAUGCAAAAGGGUAAGCCCAUCGCCUAUGCAAGCAGAGCACUCACACAGACGGAGCGGGGUUAUGCCCAGAUAGAGAAAGAGUUUCUAGCCAUGGUGUUUAGUGUAGAGAAGUUUCAUCAGUACACGUAUGGUCGCAAAGUUACGGUCCAAUCUGACCAUAAGCCGUUAGAAUCCAUAGUGAGGAAACCUCUUUUGAGUGCGCCCAAGAGGCUACAAAGAAUGAUGCUACGUAUUCAGAAAUACGACCUGACUGUAGUGUAUGUUCCUGGCAAAGACAUGUUACUUGCAGACACCUUAAGCAGAGCAUAUCUCCCAGAAUGCCCAUCUCUGAGCUCUGUGGAAGCUGAAAUAGAGACGGUUAAUAUGGUGCAACACUUACCCAUUUCAGGUGACAGUCUAAGCCAGAUCAGGACAGCUACAAAGGAUGACACAACUCUACAAACUGUGAUCCGACUGAUGAAGCAGGGUUGGCCAUCGGACAAAAGGGCCGUGCCUCAGGAAAUUAAACCCUACUUCUCAUUCCAGGAGGAAUUAAGUUAUCAGGACGGCAUUGUGUUUCGAGGUGAACGUGCUGUUAUUCCAGUAUCACUGCAGAAAGACAUCACCCACCGCCUGCACUCCUCACAUCUCGGAGCAGAAGGAUGUCUCCGAAGGGCCAGAGAAUGUGUCUACUGGAUUGGCAUGAACGACCACAUAAAGACACACAUAGCUCGCUGUGACAUCUGCAGGUCAGUGGAUGACAAACAGCACAGAGAAACGCUCAACCCACACAAUGUGCCAAUCAGGCCAUGGGCCAAAGUAGACGUUGACCUCUUUCACUUUGAUAACAAAAACUAUCAUGUAACAGUCGACUACUAUUCCAAUUUUUGGGAAAUUGAUUUUUUGCCAGACAGAAAAGCGACGACAGUGAUAAAAAAGCUAAAAGCACAGUUUGCUAGAUACGGCAUUCCCAACACAGUAGUCUCAGACAACGGACCGCAAUAUUCAUCUCAAGAGUUCCAAAGAUUCAGCCAACUGUGGGAAUUUGACCACAAAACCUCAUCGCCAGGUUACCCACAGAGUAACGGCAAGGCAGAGUCUGCUGUUAAAACUGCAAAGAGACUGUUACACAAAGCCAAAGCUUCGGGACAAGACCCAUAUCUCGCGCUCUUGGACCAUCGUAACACACCGUCACAAGGACUGGAGAGCAGCCCAGCUCAAAGACUGCUGAGCCGUCGAACGAGAUCUCUGUUACCGGCGAAAAACAGCCUUCUCCAGCCUAAAGUGGUUCAAGCGGAGCAGGCACUGCUUAACAACCAACAGCGUCAAUGUGCGUACUACAACCGAUCAGCCAGGGAUCUAGAUGCCCUACGACCAGGUGACACAGUCAGAGUGCAGCCAUUUGAGCCUCACACUAAAUGGAAGCUGGGCAAGGUGAAAAGACCAGUUGACCCUAGAUCCUAUGAGGUUGAAAUGGAUUCGGGUGCAGUUCUCAGGAGGAACCGUAGACACCUCAGACGGGCCCAUGUGGUUCCUCAAACAGAGGUUGUUGAUAUAGAGACAGUAAACACUCCGGGAACCCAUAUAGACACUGUACUAUCCCAGCAGAGCCCUCAAACUCAGAGCGAUACCUGUGACAGGGAUGGGCCGAAGACAACUAGAUGUGGUAGAGUUGUUCGUCAGCCUCAACGCUACAAGGACUUUACUACUUAA